GAGCUCGUGGACCGAGCCGGGGCUGCCUGCCCGCCGCCCGAGCGCCACCCGCACCAGAGCGCACCUGCGGCCGCGCCGCCCCUCCUGGUCUCCUCCCGGCCCCCUCCACGCCGGCCGCGCCAUGGACGAGCUGCAGGAGGCCUGACGGCCCCCACCCACCACUGCGGUGCUCUGGUGACGGCCCUGUUUCUGUCGGAGACGGCGUCGGCCGUGUCCUCGCCCGCAACAGUUUGGCGGGGCGAGCUGAGCGGGCGACGAGCAGGUCCCCGACCGUGCUGGCAGCCAGCACCGGGCUGCCACAGGGGCAGUCAACACCCGGCAACAUGUCGGGGCUGCGCCGGCUGCGCGCGCCGGGCUGAGCCGAGUCCUGGCCGCCUCCGCUAUGCGGCUGGGCGCGCUCUGCCGCCUGGCCCUGCUGAUCGCCGCCGCACUGACCUCGGCGAGCGGCCUGCCGGAUGUCAUCAGGAUCGGUGGACUGUUCCACCCGGCGGACGACACGCAGGAGGUGGCCUUCCGCUACGCCGUGGAGAGGAUCAACGCUGAUCGUACGUUGCUGCCUCGUGCCCGGCUCUCGGGGCAGAUCGAGAAGAUCUCCCCGCAGGACUCGUUCCGCGCUUCCAAAAGCGUGUGCCACCUGCUGCAGUCUGGCGUCGCCGCCAUCUUCGGGCCACAGUCGGGGCAGACAGCCAGCCAUGUGCAGUCCAUCUGUGACACGAUGGAGGUGCCGCACUUGGAGACGCGAUGGGACUUCCGCAUCCGGCGGGAGUCAUGCCUGGUCAACCUGUACCCGCACCCCAGCGCUCUGUCCAAGGCGUACGUGGACAUUGUCCGCGCAUGGGGCUGGCGGACCUUCACCAUCAUCUAUGAGAACAACGAGGGCCUGGUGCGCAUCCAAGACCUGCUCAAGGCGCACGGGCCGUCCGAGUUCCCCAUCGCCGUGCGGCAGCUCGGCGACGGCAACGACUACCGGCCACUUCUCAAGCAGAUCAAGAACUCCGCCGAGUCGCACAUCGUGCUGGACUGCUCCACGGAGCGGUUGUACGACGUGCUGAAACAGGCGCAGCAGAUCGGCAUGAUGUCCGACUACCAUUCGUACCUUAUCACUUCGCUGGACCUGCACAGCGUCGACCUGGAGGAGUUCAAGUACGGAGGCACGAACAUCACAGCCUUCCGCCUGGUGGACCCAGAUAAGCCCGAGGUGCAGCACGCUGUGCGAGAGUGGGCACAGGGCGAGGCGAGACACGGCCGCAAGCUCGACAUGGACGCCGCCAAGGUCAAGACAGAGACGGCGCUUAUGUACGAUGCGGUGCACCUGUUCGCUAAGGCAUUGCAUGACCUCGAUAGCAGUCAGCGCAUUGACAUCAAGCCGCUGUCUUGUAACUCGGACGACACCUGGCCGCACGGCUACUCUCUCAUCAACUACAUGAAGAUCGUGGAGAUGCGCGGGCUCACCGGUACCAUCAAGUUCGACAACCAGGGCUUCCGUACAAACUUCGUGCUGGACAUCAUUGACCUGUCGAGGGAAGGCCUGCGAAAGAUCGGCACCUGGAACUCGACAUCGGGCGUCAACUUCACCCGCACCUACGGCGAGGAGUACACGCAGAUCGUAGAGAGUCUGCACAACAAGACCAUGAUUGUCACCACCAUCUUGAGCUCGCCUUACUGUAUGCGCAAGGACUCGAGCGAGAAGCUGACGGGCAACGCCCAGUUCGAAGGCUACGGCAUCGACCUUAUCCAUGAGAUCUCCAAAAUUCUCGGCUUCAACUACACCUUCAAACUGGUGCCCGACGGGCGUUACGGCUCCCUCAAUCGGGAGACCAAGGAAUGGGACGGCAUGAUGAGGGAGCUACUGGACCAGCGCGCGGACGUGGCGAUCGCUGACCUCACGAUCACAUACGACCGCGAGCAGGCCGUGGACUUCACCAUGCCGUUCAUGAACCUAGGCAUCAGCAUCCUGUACCGCAAGCCCAUCAAGCAGCCGCCCAACCUAUUCUCGUUCCUUUCGCCAUUGUCCUUGGAUGUGUGGAUCUACAUGGCCACAGCCUACCUUGGUGUCUCCGUGCUGCUCUUCAUCCUGGCCAGGUUCAGCCCGUACGAAUGGGACAACCCCCACCCCUGCAACGACGAACCGGACGUCCUAGAGAACCAGUUCAGCCUGAUGAACUCGCUCUGGUUCACCAUUGGCUCUCUCAUGCAACAGGGCUCGGACAUAGCGCCCAAGGCCGUGUCUACGCGAAUGGUAGCCGGUAUGUGGUGGUUCUUCACACUCAUCAUGAUCUCCUCGUACACGGCUAACCUGGCGGCGUUCCUCACCGUCGAGCGCAUGGACUCGCCCAUAGAGAGUGCCGAGGACCUGGCUAAGCAGACCAAGAUCAAGUACGGAGCUCUGCGGGGUGGCUCGACCGCCGCAUUCUUCCGGGACUCAAACUUCUCCACGUAUCAGCGAAUGUGGUCCUUCAUGGAGUCCGCCAGGCCGUCGGUGUUCACGUCCUCCAACGGCGAGGGUGUGGACCGCGUAGUCAAGGGCAAGGGCAACUACGCCUUCCUGAUGGAGUCUACUUCCAUCGAGUACGUCAUCGAGCGCAACUGCGAGCUGACGCAGAUUGGCGGGCUGCUGGACUCCAAAGGCUACGGCAUCGCCAUGCCACCGAACUCGCCCUAUCGCACGGCCAUCAGUGGCGCUGUCCUCAAGCUGCAAGAGGAGGGCAAGCUGCACAUCCUCAAGACCAAGUGGUGGAAGGAGAAGCGGGGUGGCGGCUCGUGCAGGGAUGACCCCAGCAAGAGCAGCUCGGCGGCGAACGAGCUGGGGCUGGCCAACGUGGGUGGCGUCUUCGUGGUCCUGCUUGGCGGCAUGGGCGUGGCGUGCGUGAUCGCCGUGGCCGAGUUCGUGUGGAAGGCGCGCAAGGUGGCCGUGGAGGAGCGGCCGCUGUCCCGGCUGCGCUUGCCGCUGCUGGUGCUGGCCUGCCCUCCGCCCGAGCCCGCGCAGCCUCCACUACCCCUGGCGGCCCUGCACCUCCCCGCCGAGGGGUCGCUCUCGAGCCCCACGAGCAGCGCGGGCAGCACCACCUACCGUCAGUACGUCUGCAUCGACAAGGACGCCCUGUCUGUGAGCUGACCUGGUAUGUUUGUGCAAGUGGACCGACUGAACCCGUGCCAUCGUGCCAUGGCUCCAAAACAAACACUGAUGUGAUUUUUGUGAUUUGUAUGAGACUUUUUUUCUCUUCUUUCGAGAUGUAAUACUACGACAAGAAAAAGUUAUCAUACCGUUCCUUUGCCGUGUGCACGCUGAUAAACCAAAUGUUGUACUGCUUAACACUUCUAAGUAUUCAACUUGGUUUUUCAUUGUAGACCAUUCGUUUGAAAUCGGAGAGGGACUGCCUACUGUUGUGUUUAAAGUGAAGCUCGUAGGGAUAUGAGGCCUUUGUUUUACGCUGAAGUCCAAGCCAAAACUGCCUUUUUUCCGAAUCGUCGGACCGUGAGACUGUGUAAGUAUUUCGAUAAUCAAAUUAUUAAAUUUUUCUUUAAUCUGAUUCCGCGUUAAACAAAAAUGCACUGCCAGCUGUUAUAUUCUACAAAGUCUGGUUUCAACUUUUUUUUUUAAAUGGACAAAAGUUAAAAGUUAUUUCAUGAUGUCACGUCACAUAUCCCUACAAUUUUCUUAACAUUUAGUCACUCAGUGUUCGUACCAAAUCAACAUUUUAAAAAUAAAAAUACUACUUAAUAACUUAAAUGUAAAAAGGUAGUUAUGGAAGGCUGUCUAAUAUAUAACUUAAUGUUCACAUAACAUUUACAUUGGGAAGGCUUUGGUACAACUUAUUUUCUUGGUUAAAAUAAAACUCAACAUCCAGAGUUUCGAAAACACGGUGACGAGCAUACAGUAAAACUUGAAGAAUUGAAUACCUUAGCGUAAUUAGGUGGGAAAAUCAAAAAUCCAAAGCUACCCUAAACCCAUUUUUGAACCAUUAACCAUGUUAUGAUAGUUCUUUAAUGAUUACAAAUAAUUUAUGUAAGGAAGACUCUUUAUAUUCGUAUGUAUUUGGUAUUGACGUAGACAUAGAAAGUAACUGUUACCCAUUUUUGAAGAGACAUCGCUAGAAGUAGGGGAUUACUUCGCGAAACGGAGUAGGUCUACAGAAGCAUGAAACACGUAGUAGCCAUUAUAACUGUAUUUUGUCAGUUUCCGUUCAUCUUGUGAAAGGUUCGGUGUGGUUUUGAAUAAACGGUUUUUGUAACUGUAA